AAAAGUGAUCGAGAUAAAGGGUUAUCUAGAAAGCCGACGUCCAGAGAUUGCAGGCGGGUUAUAGGAGAAUUCGCACUGCCGGUACUCUAUUCCAAAAAAUAUGGAAAUAAUGAGCUCCAACGAGGGACCACCGGAUAGAGAGUGAAAGAUGAAUUGAAAAUUUUAAUGAUUAAGAGAAAAGCCAGGAGUGCCUGUGCCUGUGCGUGCGCCUGUGCGACGGAGAGAGAGGAGAAAUGUAUUUUAUAUGUAUGGCACAUGAUGGUACAAAGGAAGUUGCAUGAAAGCUUACGCUAAUUGGCUGAGGGCGUGUUGUUCUAUUACACUGGUGUACGCAUUUAUCGGCCGUCUCUGUGUGCGCGUCUCUCUCGCUCUAUCUUUCUCUCUCGUCUCGAUCGCUUGAAAUCGUACAGACAUGGCUCCUGCCAAAUGGGGUUUCUGUGCUUGAGCGGGUGAUUCAAAGCUGCUGCUUUCUACUGAGUGAGCUGGAACUGGAUUGUUCAUUCUGAAUACCGAUAAUCUCAGAAUUCAGAAACCUUCUUCGGACCAAUUCGUAGAGUCAAGAUGGCUACUCGGACGAUGUAUUUCAAAGAACGUGAAGGGAUUGUCCACAAUCCUAUGGGGCAGCUUUCAGCGCCUUGGUGGAGCACCCUCGCUUCUCAAUCGAUUUAUGGGGAAUCAUGUGGCCAAUUGAAGCCUUUGUCCAUGGAACACCCCAGUGGUGGAGACCAACUGAUUGCCAACAAAGCUGCUGGGCGGGGUACCGAACAAGCCUCACGAGGGAGUAUAACUCAGUUCACCAUCUUUCCUGAUAGUAGCAGAAAUUCAGGGGAUGGGGAAAAGCCUCAGGCAGCUAUUUCUCUCCAAUCAGGUCUGCCGGAAUAUCAAGGUCGUUUUGAGCUAGGAUUUGGUCAGCAUAUGAUCUAUGCAAAGUAUCCUUAUGUGGACCAAUGUUAUGGAGUCUUCCCAAGUUGUGGACCUCAGAUUUCGGGCCGUGUUAUGCUGCCGUUGAACAUGUCAACUGAUGAUGGACCUAUAUAUGUUAAUGCUAAGCAGUACCAUGGGAUUAUCAGGCGCCGGCAGUCACGUGCAAAGGCAGUACUGGAGAAUAAGUUGACAAGAGUUCGUAAGCCAUAUAUGCAUGAAUCACGCCAUCUCCAUGCUAUGCGCCGGCCAAGGGGAUGUGGUGGUCGUUUUUUGAACACAAAGAAUUCGAACAAAGGAAUGAGUGGAACUAAAGUGAAUAAAGCUGGCGAUGGACAAAUUUCUCAACCCACUGGUUCUCCGAGUUCUGAAGUCCUUCAGUCUGAUAGCGGUGGUGCCUUAAACUCAUCAAGGGGUGCAAACGGAAGUGUUUCAAAUAUUUCUGGGCCUGAGGUGACUUGUAUGUUCUCUAGGAGAGAUCUCGAUCACUUAACAAUCAAUCAUCUCAUUCCUUCUGUCCACUCUCUGUCGGACAUGAUAAGUGGUGCACGCGGCAUUGUUAUGCCCAGUAAGUGGGUUGCAGCACCGAACUGCUGCAACCUCAAAGUCUGACAGCAAGGGAUCAAGUGGAGUUGGUGCUAAUUGCACCAAUCUCCAUCCUUGCUGCAACCAGAUGGAGAAGCUUUAUUGCAAUGACUAGUUCUUGCAACAGGCUUUGGUUGAGAGGAUUGUCCCGACCCCCAUGUGGUUGUUAUCAUGGCAACUCAUCCUUGGCUCAUCUGCAUUGAGGUUGUCUUUCAACCAUUCCUUGCAGCCUUUCUGGCUUAAGGUGGUUAGAGAUCCUUAAUGUAAAUGUAUUGUAGGUUAAAUGGAGUAGGUGAUAAAUAAGUCUGUUUCACCAAUUGAAUCAGAGCAUCAAAGUCUGGAUAGGUAUUGAAGUGUGAUGUUUAAGUGUAAUAUCUAGUACGUCUAUGUCUGACUUUUGGUUUGAUGUAUUGUAGAACUGUGUGAUUGUGUUGUUAUCUUAUGCCACCUUGCUUUAGUCAAGAACAUGGUAUUCGUGUUGUUUGAAGCACAAUAAUGCAUUAUGCUAUUCUCGA